AUGAACGAGGCAGAGCCGAGUCCACGAGAAUAUGCCCGUAAGGAAGGCCUGUUCAUCAGCGCGAACAGGCACAUCUCGAACCGGACGAAAGCCAUCUUUGACCAGCUGCAGAAGUCGCCCUACUUUCCGAUUACUGCCACCAUCGAAGAUGCAGCCGACCUCUCUGCACUGGCCAUCCCUGAUCCGGUCUUUCCUCCAGAGACCGACUUCCAGACGGGGAAGCUCGACAAUGCGGUGACCAAGAUCAUCGGGAUCGAUGACGAGGCCGACAUGAUGAAGCUGGCUCUGGAAGCAAGCUAUCCUCAGCGUCGAUUUGCGACGGCAGUGAGCAAGAUGGAGCUCCCGUCUCUCCGAUCCGACCCGAGACACGACUCCAAAGCCUGCAGCAAGACCAUCUCUGAGGCGAAGCUGCAUGAUUUCUUCCGCCGACCAAACCCCCUCGUCAUGGAGCCUGUUGAUGAGGAUAAGGACGAAGGCCUUGCGCUGCCCAAAUCUGCUCGGCAUUUCCAUGAUCAGCUCGCUAGAGGAGCCGAGCCCGAAGAAAUCGACUAUACCGAAGAGGACCUGACGUACGUGGCCGAAGCUGUGUAUCAAGAGUGGACGAACAAAGAUCUUGAAGACUUGAUCUUCCUCGAGAUGUCUAAGCGGGACCGAGUCCAAUCCAUAACGCCUCCUCUGAUGCCACCGCCACUUGCCUCGGAGCCGGGAGAGGAACUCAUACCGACCAGCGAGGCUUGUAUACUAGAGCCAUUGUCCGAUCCCGACAGUCUCAUUGAGUAUGACUUGGACACAGCUGGUAAACUGAUGGAUGAGAUGACCAUGGAAACGAUCCAACCUGAGGUGGACGUGACGGAGAUGAUUGGGUUUCCAUCCGACCCCCGGUUUCUGGAUACUUUUCCAUCUCCCCAGCCCACCCAGGAUCUGAAGAUGGAGGUGCCCAUCUUGUGCAAGCCUGAACAGCCUCCAUCGGCCAGUCAAGACAAAGCCUCUUGCCGAGCGCUUCUGAACACAGUUCCAUGCCUGGGGCCCAAAGAUGAAGACGUUGAAAGCGAUUCUAUGAAGGAGGCAGACGCCAAGUUUGAAAAAAACUUCAGCCUGUUACUCGAAGACAAGACCGCAGAAUUGACGAGGAUGGCGGAGCAAGAGCAGAUUCAUGUUGCUGAUGCCAUUGCCAGAUUCCAGCCCCCGGUCGUCGACUUCAGUAUCCCAGAGCCACAAUGGUCUGGGGUUCCUGCCAAAGGGGCGUCUGAGAUGUUCCGUCGGAUCUGCCUCGAAUUUGAUGGUCAAAGGAAGGCGCCAACUUGGCCCAAGAUGCGGUCUGAGAACACCGAGCUGAAGUGGCAACCCUUCAACGCGUCGUUGGGCUCUGUCAAUUUGAAAGAGACAGUUGGCGACGACCGUGUUCUCCAGCAAAUUUUCGAUUGCCGCGGCGCCCGUCUACCCACCAGCGCCGACUACGUCCGUAGGGAGUCAGGGCUGAAGAUCCUUCGCGAAGACGACGACGAGGAGCUGCCUAUGCCCUAUUACGAGGACGACGAGGAUCUUUUCGAAAACGGCACCGCCAUCGACUUAUUGGGUGUCAUCAAAAAGCGCAAGUUGGCAGAGCUUGUUGGCGGACAUGAUGCUGAGCUUGAAUCUCCCACUGUUGGGCACAAGUUUCGCCGCACUACCAAACGUCGAAAUGCAACGAAAGACAGCAGCGGAUGCUUGCUCUUGGGCGAGAACGAGCCCAAUGCUACAAGCAAACUCCUGGACAAUCACUUGCUGCUACAUCCCUCAAACAAGUCCCGCUCGGAGACGAUGAGCCACUUCUUUCCAACACCAGACCGAAGUACCAGCUCACCGAUGACGAGAGCAAGGAACCCGGAGAAUUCACUGAAACUUCCCACCUCCCAGCCUGAACGGCAAUUUCCACGUACAGUUGCCCCUCUCCCUCCUGUUCUUACCAUAGAGGGCACAACCCAUAUCGUUAUUUCCACCAACCUUCCCCGAAAUAUCAUGGCCGCAAUCGACAGCCUUCCAGGCAUAGAAACUAUCGACCGAGACUUCUCCCGAUACAACAACACCAUCUGGUCACCAAACAGCGCUCAACUAUCGACAGCAAUUUCUCCGCUCUUCUUUGAAGCCGACAUUAUACCAUCUCCAGCAACUGGCAUCAUCAUUACCACCAUACUUCAAGUUGGCCAGAAGGCGCCAUUGAACUCCGGACGACAGCUGUCAAAGCUUCGUGAACGCGUGACCAAAGUCGCACCACGCUACCAGCGGCUCAUCAUCAUGGUAUCGGAAAGCAGCAGUGAAGAAUAUGUUGGGCGGCUUGGGAAGAGCAAUGUUGAUUCUUACAACUCCUUCGUCGGGUUCGCAUCUGGCGUUGGCAUCUCCACCAAUUGCGUCAUCAGAGUCAUCUACGUUGGAGGCGGUCCCAAGACCCUUGAGACAUGGACGUGCGCCCUGGUAUCAACAUACGUCAAGGAGAAUAUCGCAACCGCACGGUCCAUGCUGAUGAUGGAUGAGACCGAGUGGGAGGUAUUCUUUCGACACGUGGGACUGAACGUCUACGCGGCACAGCUCAUCGUCUCCUUGUUCAGAGGAUGUUUUGGGCCCCAAGAAAAAGAACCACUCGUACGAUUCUUCAGGAUGCCUGCCGCGCAAAAGGCACAGGUCUUUGGGCGAUACCUGGGAGAGAGAGGACACGACGUGUUGAACAGAGUCAGUGCGCGUCUGGAAUACGACAGCACGCCCUCCCGGAAGCCGACGAACCCAUCUGCGGCUGUUGCAGCGCCGUUCGGACGAAUUUGA